AUGCUAACAAUAACUGUUGACGCAUUGACUCUUUUUAUUAAAUCUCUCUCUCCCUCUCACUCCCUCUCUCUCUCACUCCCUCUCUCUCACUCCCUCUCUCUCACUCCCUCUCUCUCUUUCUAUUGUUCUCUCUAUAUCUAUCUAUCUAUCUAUCUCCCUGGCUUGCUCUCUUCUAUUGUUCGCGCUUUCUCUCUCUCUCUCUCUCUCUCUCUCUCUCUAUCUAUCUAUCUAUCUAUCUAUCUCUCUAUCUCUAUCUCUAUCUCUCUCCCUGGCUUGCCCUCUUUCAAUUGUUCGCUCUCUCUCUCUCUCUCUCUCUCUCUCUCUCUCUCUCUUUCUAUUGUUCUCUCUAUAUAUAUCUAUCUAUCUAUCUCUAUCUCUCUCCCUGGCUUGCUCUCUUCUGUUGUUCGCUCUCUCUCUCUCUCUCUCUCUCUAUCUAUCUAUCUAUCUAUCUAUCUCUAUCUCUAUCUCUCUCCCUGGCUUGCCCUCUUUCAAUUGUUCGCUCUCUCUCUCUCUCUCUCUCUCUCUCUCUCUCUCUCUCAAAAGAAGAAGAGGUUGAGCUGCCCCUACCUCUUUAUUCCUAUAUGCCCCCUUUUAUAUUUUUAUCUGCCCCUCUUUAUAUUUUUAUCUGCCCCCCCUUUUAUAUUUUUAUCUGCCCCCUCUUUAUAUUUUUAUCUGUCCUUUAAUAUUUUUUAUCUCUUCACCAUUUAUAUUUCUAUCUGCUCCCUCUUUUUUUUUAUCUGUACCCUUUAUAAUUUUAUCUGCUACACCGUUCAUACUUUUUAUCUGCCCCCUCUUUAUAUUUUUAUCUGGCCCUUUAUAUUUUUAUCUGCUCCCAACUUUAUAUCUUUUAUCUGCCCCCUUUAUAUUUUUUUAUCUGCUUCCACCUUUAUACUUUUUAUCACCCCCUCAUAUAUUUUUAUCUGUCCCCUCUUUAUAUUUUUAUCUGCUCCCCACUUUAUAUUUUUAUCUGCUCCUCUCUUUAAAUUUUUUUGUCUGCCCUUCUUUAUAUUUUAA